AUGGUAGCCCAGACGCGGACGGGCUCCAAUAAUACGCCCGCUAGACUCAAGUUCUCCGACAAGCUUGUCGGCAAGGGCUUCACUACCGAUGUCUUGCAGAAGAAACUCAAGAAGCUGCACACGGAGCUGGCAGAUCUCGACCAGGAGAGCGUCGACACCAAUUCGCUCCGUUCCGUGAGCAAGGAGCUCAUCAGCACCUCAAUUCUCCUGCACAAGGACAAAGGUGUCAAAGCCUACGCCGCAUGUUGUCUCGCAGACAUUUUACGACUCUUCGCCCCCGAUGCACCCUACACCGGUUCAGAACUGCGUGAUAUCUUCCAAUUCUUCUUCCGCCAGCUAUCAAUUGGACUCAAGGGUUCGACUGAACCUUAUUACAAUGAAUAUUUCCAUCUUCUGGAGUCGUUAUCCACCGUCAAGAGCGUCGUUCUAGUCUGCGACCUCCCACAGGCUGAAGAGCUAAUGGCCCAAAUCUUCCGGGAUUUCUUCGGGCUUGUCAGACAGGAGUUGGCAAAGAAUAUUGAGAUGUGCAUGUCCGAUAUCCUUAUUGCUCUCAUCGACGAAUGCCAAGCGUUACCGUCGGAAGUGUUGGAGUCGAUUAUGGCUCAAUUCAUGGAUAAGAAUGCACGGAUGGAUCAGCCCGCUUACCGGCUUGCAGUUGAAGUCUGUAAUGCAACGUCAGAUAAGUUGCACAGGAAUGUUUCUCAUUACUUCGCGGACUUUAUCCACUCGCAUGCCGGAGACGAGGAGUACGAUGAAAUUAGCCGUUGUCAUGAGCUGAUCAAACGUCUUAAUGCUGCCUGUCCGGCGCUUUUGCAUAAUGUUGUCCCACAACUGGAGGAGGAGAUGCGUGCCGAGCAAGUCCAGAUACGCAUAUUGGCGACUCAGGUGCUUGGUGAGAUGUUCGCAGAUAAAGCAGAUGGUGAUCUGGAGAAGAAAUAUCCUUCGACAUGGUCGUCAUGGCUAAUGCGGCGAGGCGACAAAUCCCCUCAAGUGCGCCUUGCCUUUGUGGAAGGUUGUAAAGGUCUCCUUCUUCAUCACAGGGUAGAACUCAGAGAGGCUGUUGAAGAGGCACUCAACAUGAAGCUGCUCGAUCCGGAUGAGAAAGUACGUGCGGCAGCCUGCAAGCUCUACUCUCAGCUCGACUAUGAGACUGCGCUUCAUUAUGUCAGCGAAAAGCAACUUCGCGCCGUCGGGGAUCGAGUUGUCGACAAAAAGCAAAAUGUAAGGCAAGAGGCGAUGGAGGCUAUUGCCCGAUUGUUCAACAUAGCAUAUCCGGAAAUAGAGAGUAACGACGCAGCUGCGGUCAACCAGUUCUCUUGGAUUCCCCAGAGGAUAUUCUCCGCUAUGAACGCAGCGGCGGAAAUCAAGCAGGUAGUUUUACAGGUCAUCGCAGACUACAUUUUACCUCUCCCGAACAAGAACGAUGACGAGGUUGCGUGGACGGAGCGCCUCCUAACCGUUAUGCGAUAUCUUGAUGAGAGGGCUAUUGCAGCGCUCGUGAAGAUCGCUAAUUUGCAGCAACAUCCCAUUUUUGAGCUUUAUUUGCAGAGCUGCAUAGAGAACAACGGCGGUAUAAUCGAUGAGAAUGAAGAGGCUGUCAAGAAACGGUUAGCUGGAACUGUGCGUAUCGUAUCAGGCCAAUUUGCGGAUGCGCAAAAGGCUGCGGAUGACCUCCAGACGUUCGCAAGGAUGAAUGAAACAAGGCUAUACAAGCUCCUUAAAACUUGUAUGGAUCCGCAAUCGGAUCUCAAAGGUCUUGUCAAGGCAUUCAAUGAUUUUAUUCGUCGUGUCGAACAGUCAACGAUGUCGAUAUUACCGACGAUGAGAUCUUUCGUACUUCAGUCGAGUCUCUGGAUUGUCAACCAAUCUUCCGUUCCGACCCUCGUGAAGAAGCUAGGUAAGGGCGAUUCUCAUGGGAAGGGCAAAGGGACAACUUCGUCGCGGGUCACUGCGAACAAUGCGCGAACCCUACUCACCACUAUUUCGAAAUUUCGUCCUGUUGUGUAUCGUGCUCUUGUAAGCGAGCUCGGGAAGGCGAUUGCAGAUGAUAAGAACCAGACACUUGUUGAGGUGUGCUUGCAGGCUCUUGCAGCAGUAUCGAGGUACGAUCCUGACAUUACGCCGAAUGACAGGCGAACAAUUGAUCGUUUAGUGGGUUAUGUGCGAGGGCCUUCUCCGAAACUUGCCAAAUUUGCGGCGCGUGUGCUCGCUUUCUCAAGGAAUAAAGACGAGUUGUGCUCCGAGAUAGUCAAGUUUAUUGCGACUAGUCUGCCGGAAGCAGAGUCUGAGACGCUCGUUGCACAUCUCGCCGUGCUUGUUGAGAUGGUUCGGUCAGCACCCGAUGCUUUUGAGCAACGAAGCGAUGUAAUCAUCGAGUUUUUGCUGAAAGAGGUACUCAUGAAAUCGUCCAAUGCUGCGUCCAUGGAUGUGGACGACGAUGCCGAUGAGUGGAUAGAUGACGAUAAUCUUCAUCCGUUGGGAAAGGCGAAAGUCCUUGCUUUAAAAGUCUGCCGCCAUCGAUGUCUCGUACACUCCGCAACCGAAAAUGCUCUCGAUGUUGCGACCCCCGUCUUGAAGAUGUUGGUAACUCUGUUGGAAAACUCAGGAUCUCUGUCGGAGCAAGUCAGAGACGAACCAACUGUGAAGUCUCGCCUCCGCUUGCAAGCUGCGCGAUCGCUCCUUGCAUUGGCGACUGUGAACAAGUUUUCAGACACCAUGACGCCGAAUUUUGCGUCCAUUGCACUUACAAUUCAGGAUCCAUGUUUCAAUGUCCGAUUCUUUUUCCUGAGAAAGCUGGCGGUUCACAUAAGUUCCAAUAAACUUCCAUCGCGCUUCAAUGUUAUCCUAUUUUUGACUGUCCAUGAUCCUGAAAAAGAUAUCAGGGACACGGCGGAGGGGAUCGUUAGGAACAUGCUAAGGAAGGCACCUUCAGGUGUCAGACUGAGCAAUUGGGAGAUGAUCUUCAUUCGUCUGUUGCACGUUAUUGCGCACCAUCCAGAUUUCGGUUCGGAGGAGUCGCAAGUGUUUGAAACAGCCAAAUAUAUUCAGGAAUACCUUUCCCUUGUCGCUACUUCGGACAACGUAUCGCUCUUGUAUAACCUGGCUCAAAAAUGCAAGACUGUUCGCGACUUCGAGUCACAAGUAUUCAGCGAUGUAUGUUAUUUUGACAUUUGCUCGUAA